AUGAAGCCCGUUACCAGGAACGCGGAUUCACUGAAGAGUCUGACGACGAGGCUGAAGGGGUUAAAAUUAUCAUUAAGCAACAUUAGCCAGUAUGUUAAGAACUUUAAGGAGGGUACCCCUGUCGCUCAAAUCAAUGUUCGCCUCGAGAAGUUAGAUGUAUUGUUGGUUCAGAUAAGUGAGGCAAUCUGGGAAAUACAAGCGCACGAGGACUUCACGGAGCCUGAAGGUUUGCAGAGGGAGCAGUUGGAGAUGGAGAACCGCUACUACGAUGCGAAAUCGUUUCUGGCGGAGAAAGUGGGAGAGGUUCAGCAUAAUUCCGUCCAGAACCAGUCGACUCGUCCUGGAGAUGUCACUCUACGUGGUGGUAUGGACCACGUUCGCUUACCUCAAAUUCAACUGCAGAGUUUCGACGGGAACAUCGACGACUGGCUCAGCUUCAGGGAUCUCUACACGUCUCUGAUUCACGAGAAGCCAGACCUACCCGAUGUGGAGAAAUUCCACUACCUCAAGGGGUGCUUAGCAGGCAAAGCUAAGGCACUAGUAGAUCCGCUGAAGAUCACCAGGGACAACUACCAGGUUGCUUGGCAGUCGUUGCUAAAACGCUACAACAACAGCAAGCUUUUACGGAAGAAGCAAGUGCAGGCUCUUUUCAAGCUGCCGUCCCUCAUCACGGAGUCAAUCGCGGAUCUCCACAGGCUGGUCGAUGGGUUCGAUCGUGUGAUUCUGACCCUGGAUCAGAUCAUCCAACCAGCCGAAUACAAAGAUCUGUUGCUGGUCGAACAUCUAAGCGCUCGUCUCGACCCGAGCACACGACGAGGAUGGGAGGAGCACUCGUCGACGAAGGAGCAGGACACCAUAAAGGACUUGCUGGAGUUUCUGCAGCGCAGAAUCCAAGUUCUCGAAGCUUUACCAACGAAGGUGGAGUCGAAAGUCUUUGAGCAGUCGCCACAACGCAGAAGAAGGCCAUAUUCACCGAAGGUCAGCAACAACGCCGUACAGUCGUAUAACGCGAAGUGUCCAUCCUGUGCGGAGAUCCACGGACUUCACACGUGUCCAUCGUUUCUAAGGAUGUCGCUGUCUAGUCGGGAGUCGUUCUUGUGCGAAGCAUCCCUUUGCCGCAAUUGCCUCAAACGUGGUCACAUAGCUCGGGAGUGCACGUCGAAGUUCUCCUGUUGGCAUUGUAAAGGUCGACACCAUUCCUUGCUGUGUUUCAAGGGAGGAGAACGCAGGGGUAGCCAAGGAUCCUCCAGGAGAUCGACUUCAGGAGGAAGUCCGGAACAGGAUUGCACAAGUGCAAAUUCCAGGGCAGCGGACGCAUUAGCGGUCGAAUCAACUUCUUCCAACGCGGCGCAGUGUGUUUCAUACCGAGCUCUCUUAGCUACAGCUGUCGUAGUAAUAGAGGACGACGUGGGUCGUCGAUAUCCAGCAAGAGCACUUCUGGAUUCAGGGUCAGAGUGUAACUUUAUCUCUGCUAAUCUAUGCCAGGCCAUGAACGUUUCGGUACAGAAAGUCAACAUCUCGAUUCAGGGCAUUGGCCAGUCUGGAAUAAAGGCAUCGCACAAGAUAAAAGCUGUCGUCAAAUCUCGCCUUUCAUCGUAUGCUCGAUCGAUAGACUUCCUCGUUUUACCGAAGGUCACAGCAAACCUGCCAACCUCCACCGUUCAGGCAAGUGGAUGGGAUAUACCGGAGGACAUCGAGCUGGCGGAUCCGGAGUUUUUCCGAUCGAGGAAAAUCGACAUGGUGUUGGGCAUCCAAGCGUUCUUCAGCUUUUUCCCGUCAGGAAGAGAAAUCUCGUUAGGCAAGGAUCUACCUGUGCUGACGGAGUCCGUUUUUGGGUGGAUAGUGACAGGCGAAGUCACAUCAGCUACUCAGGCGACUGGAUUCACCUGCAAUAUGGCGAUAUCGCACGGUCUGAAGGAUCCAAUGGUAUCCCUCCCAGAGAAAGCUGAAGUGUUGGUGGACAUCAGAGAAUCAAAAGACAUCACUGUGAGGACGCAACAAUCAGUAGAGCGAAACUGGAACAGCAAACGUGAUCGAAGAGAUCGUUAUCAGCGGAGUGGACAACGUCGAAGCUUCGGUCGAGUCGAGACGACAGAUCGACGCAAUGGUGGUCAGCGAAGGAUGUGCCCUACUUUCAACCGUCCGGAAGCAGUCGAAGGACUUCUGAACGAAGGCUUGGGGAAUGUGAAUGGUAUUGAUAGUGAUAACACAAGGAGGUUCUCACGAAACGAUAUGCUUCAUAAAGAAGCUUAG